UACGACUCACGUGACAGCCGCAUCCCAGAAUCCUUUAGCCAAGAUGGCAGCUCCCAGCUAAUAGUGCCGCACGUGUAGUAAUGUGUGUCAUUUUGGGAAAUUGUUCGGACUUAAAGUAGAUAGUUUUAAAAUAUUGCAUCUCCAUCAAUCGAACGGUAGUUUGUUGCUGAUUCAGGGAGACAUGAAGACCAAAUCGUCCUCUCACAAGUCUGACAACACGUACAGGUUUCUCACCUUCACUGAACGAUUAAGCAAUGUAAAUAUUGACAUUAUUCAUCGCAUUGACAGAACAGGGAGCUAUGCUGAGGAGGUUGAAACAUAUUUUCAUGAAGGACUCGAGAAAUGGAGAGAGCUGAACCUUACUCGCCACUUUGUGACAUUCUACAGACAGGUAGUCAACAAAUGCCAGUCUUUCAACCAGCUAGUGUACUAUCAGAAUGACAUUGUGGAGAGCUUGAAAACCCACCUACAAGUGAAAAACAGUCUUGCUUUUCAACCCCUUUUGGACUUAGUGGUACAGCUGGCUCGUGAUCUCCAGACAGAUUUCUAUCCUCAUUUUCAAGACUUUUUUCUGUCCAUUACAAAACUGUUGGAUACUCAGGACACGGAGUUGCUAGAAUGGGCUUUCACCUGUCUUUCUUACCUUUACAAAUACUUAUGGAGGCUAAUGGUGAAGGACAUGUCCAGUAUUUAUGGCUUGUACAGCACCUUGUUAGCCCACCGCAAACAGCACAUCAGGAAUUUUGCAGCAGAAAGCUUCACCUUUCUGAUGAGGAAGAUUUCGGACCAAAAUGCUCUUUUAAACUUAAUGUUCCUCGACCUGGGAAAGCACCCAGAAAAAGAGGAAGGUGUGGGAAAGUUGAUUUUUGAGAUGUGCAAAGGUGUUAGAAACAUGUUUCAUUCCUGUGCUGAAAUGGCUAUAACAUUAAUUCUGAAAAAGAUGGGGCCGGUUACGGAAUCAGAAGUUACACUCCCCUGGAACUCUGUUGGCAAAGCUUUCAAACAUAUGGCAAAGUCAGCUGCUGGAUUCAUUUACAAAGAACAUUUUGAUGUCUUUUUCAGAUGCCUGCAAGAAUCCAUACUCAAACUGCAGCUAAAGAUAACUAAAGACAACUGCUGUGAAGCUUCUGAACAGAUUGAGAGGGUGUUACAAGUAUAUUUGACUGUAGCAGAGCAUGCACAAGGCUCCAAAAUUGCACAGCCUGAAGAAGUUUGUAAGACAUUAACAAAACUGACAGAAAUACCUGACCUCUCGAGACCUUGUUGUGAUACCCUGUUCAACGUUAUUUCUGUUCUGUUUCUUGAUGAGAAUGUCUUAUUGCCUGAUUCUUUGGUCAAAGGAACUAUUGAAAAGAUCUUCCAAGGUGGAUUUGAAAGGCGUUCUCUUUUGGAUUUUUCUAAAGUUAUGUUUCUGAUGGAACAAUUUGAAAGGCAAUUUCUUCCCAGUCUCCUUGAGUAUAUUGAGCACUGUAUUUGUGGAGAUGAUGCUCUAGUUCAGGAGGAGGCCUUGGCAGUUUUGGCUAAACUGAUUCUUGAGAAAGCAGAACCUCCCACUAUUGGUUCAAUGGCAUUUGAGAAGUAUCCCCUUGUUUUUAUGGAAUCAGCUAAAGGAUCGAAUAGAAGACAGUUACAAAGUAAAAGAAAUGAAGAAAAAGAACAAAAGACAGUUUUGGAUUACAUUCUAUCUUGCAUUCAGAUACCAGAAAACAGAAACAUGCCUGAUCUUUCAAAGCCCUGGGCAGCUCUUGUAGUACUUCCUCAUAUAAGACCACUUGUCAAAGAAAAAAUCCUGCCGGCAGUUAAAAGUUUUGCUGAGUAUCUCUUCACUGCUCUUGACAAAGGACAACCUUGCAAAGGAAGCUUGUUUGUGGCCUGCCAAGCUGUGAGCACACUGCUUAGUUUAGCAGAAUCUUUGGAAAUUCUAGAUCUGUUAUCAGUGGAACACAUAAAGACUUUGUUGAUGGCAUUUCCUUCAGACCCAUCUGCCUUGCUGUUGACUGAUCUCUAUUGUACAAGAUUAGCACUGUGUGGAUACUAUAAGCAUCUGUCCCAAGAGAGUCUGAUGGAAUUGCUUUCUAAAUUGCAAACCAAUAUUUCAAUCAGUGUAUCCAAGGUACGACUUUUGACAGUAAGGAUUUUAAAUCAUUUUGGUGCCCUGCUUCCUAUGGGGACGGAGGUUAUGGGUGCCAGGGAGCUGCAGUCUAUAUUUGCCAUAUUGCUUCAAGCUGAACUUGUGCCAGCAAGUGUUAAUGAUUAUCGUGAGAAACUUCUCCACUUAAGGAAGCUGAGGCAUGAUGCAGUGCAAUCCCUGACCACUGAGGGACCUUUACAGGAGGUACCUCUUCGGUAUUUAUUGGGAAUGCUUUAUAUAAACUUCAGCCCAUUGUGGGUUCCUGUGAUUGAGCUCAUAACCUCUCAUGCAAAUGGAAUGGAAAACAAGCAGUUUUGGAAAGUUUACUUUGAACUUCUGGAAAAAGCUGUCUCCUAUGCUGAGAGAGAGCUACAUAAUGAGCUGGAAGAACAAGAGGGCAUUAUAGAUGCUGAAGGAAAGGAAGUCCGUGGAGGAGAUGUCAGAGCUUUGUAUCUUGAGCAGCUGAAAUGUCAGACAUGCUGCAGAGAGAGGAUGGACCAUGCAAACUUUAGAUUGUUGCUUUGGAACGCAAUGUCAAAAUUUCCAGACAGAGUGGAGCCCAGGUCAAGAGAACUCUCACCACUUCUCUUAAGGUUUAUUAACAAUGAAUAUUAUCAUGCAGAUUCACUAGUAGCUCCAGUGCAAGACCUUAGAAAGAAAAACAAUAGUGGUGUAAAAGAAGACCUCAUUGAGGAAAUGGAUGUGACGACCAUGAAAGAGGAUAAGGAGGAGGAGGAGGUGGAAGAGAAGCAGACUUCUGAAGAACCAAUGACAGAAGAGAUGCCAAAAAAGAAGACAAGAAGAGCUGCAUCAAAACAGCUCAUCGCCCACUUGCAAGUAUUUGCUCGAUUUUCAAAUCCACGUGCAUUGUAUUUAGAACCAAAGUUGAAUGAAAUAUAUACUCAGCUGUUGUCCCAUCAAGACCAGAAUGUGCAAAAAGUAGCUCUUGACUGUAUCAUGACUUACAAGCAUCCACACCUACUGCCAUACAGAGAGAACUUGGAACGGCUACUGGAAGACAAGAGCUUUAAGGAAGAAAUAGUUCAUUUCAGCAUUUCUGAAGAAAAUACCAUAGUAAAAACACUGCACCGACCAGAUGUUAUUCCUGUCCUAAUGAGGAUUCUGUACGGGCGAAUGAGAAACAAAACUGGAAGCAAAACUCAGGGGAAGUCGGCUGCAGGGACACGCAUGGCUAUUGUUCUGAGAUUCCUUGCUGGCUCACUGCCUGAAGAGAUUAGAAUGUUCCUGGAUCUGCUUUUUGAGCCUGUGAAGCACUUCAAUAAUGGAUGUUGCCACUCUGCAGUACUCCAAGCAAUGGAGGAACUGGAUUUGUCUCAGGUUUUGCCUCUAGGUCGCCAGCAUAGCCUUUUCAACAGUCUGGAAGUAGUACUGAAAAACAUGGGGCAUCUGAUCAGCCAGUACCUGCCUGAGAUUUUACAGAUUUUACUUUGCAUGAUGGCAACAGUAUCCCACAUUCUUCAGCAAAGAGAAAAGAUUCAGCUGAAAUGGAUUAAUCCAUUAAAAAAUUUGAGGCGACUUGGACUUAAACUUAUAGCAGAUUUUUUCUCUGAUUUUGAAACUUACAGCUUUAGUGUGGAAGAGAUUGAUGCAGUUUUUCAUGCGGUGGUUUGGCCCCAGAUCCUCAGGCUGGCCUCGGAGAGUCAAUAUUCUCCUACUCUUUUACUCAAAAUCAUUCACAUAUGGAGCAAAAGCCCCAGGUAUUUCCCUUUGCUGGCCAAACAGAAACCAGGACAUCCAGAAUAUGAUAUAUUAUCCAAUGUGUUUGCUCUGUUCUCGGCCAAAAGCUUGUGUGAGGCAACAGCUGGUGCUGUCAUGGACAUAGUUGACAAUCUUCUAAACACUCUUGACUUUGAGCCGCAGGACCAUUUUCACAGCUUAACUGUGACGGACUGUGUCUUUAUAGACACUGAUGAAAUGACAGAUGUUCUCACCAUGGGUGUGAGGCUGAUACUCCCCCAUGUACCUGCAGUCCUUCAGUAUCUCAGCAAAACUAUGUUCAAUGUGGACAAGAUGAAGAAGAAAACAUAUAGAGCACAAGUCAGCAAAGAACUGAACAUUCUUUCAAAAAUUAGCAAGUUUAUAAAGGACAAGAGUCAGAGUUCCAUCCUUGUUGGUCUCCUCCUCCCUUUCCUCCACCAGAGUAACAUUAUGCAGGAUACAGAGAUUGACAUCCUAGAAACGGUACAAAAUCUACUGAAGCAUUGCCUGAAUCCAGCAAAUUUCCUCAAACCACUGGCAAAAUUGUUUUCUGUUGUUCAGAACAAAUUGUCUCGUCAAACACUCUGCACAGUUUUUGAGACUUUAUCAGAUUUGGAGAGUAACCUGAAAUAUAUUACAGAUACAGUUAAGCUGAAUGCUUUUGAUCUACGACAUCUUGAUGAUAUCAAUUUUGACAUCCGCUUGUCAGCAUUCCAAGCCAUCACUUCUCAUAUCAAGGCAAUGAAAAUGGUGGAUGUCAGCUACCUUGUUCCAGUUAUGCAUAACUGCUUCUACACCAUACAGUUAGGAGAGAUGUCUCUAAGUGACAGCGCUAUCCUCUGCCUGAAUGCUGUUAUUAACCUGUUUGCUGAAAUCGAUCACACAGAAGAUGAAUACAAGGAAAUAAUUCAGCACACUCUUCUAGAAGCUUUGAGAAAAGGGCUAAAGAGCAAGACUGAGAGCAUUCAGCAGGAUUACACAUCAUUACUCUCCAGCUUGAUACGAGCAUUUUCAAAGCACCCAGAGUUUCAGGACUUGGUCCAGCUGACUGACUUGCAUGAUCCAGAGAUGGACUUCUUUGAAAAUAUGAAGCAUAUUCAGAUCCACAGAAGGGCGCGAGCCCUGAAGAAAUUGGCUAAGCAACUAGCUGAAGACAAAAUUGCAGUGUCUUCCAAAUCUCUUCAGAAUUACAUUAUGCCUUAUGCAACUACUACUAUUUUUGAUGAGAAAAUGCUUAAGCACGAAAAUAUGAUAACUGCUUCAGUUGAAAUGGUAGGAGCUGUUUGCAGACAUCUUUCUUGGUCAGCGUAUCUCUAUCAUUUGAAGCAUUUCAUACACGUCUUGCAGACUGGACAGAUCAAUCAAAAACUGGGUGUCAGUGUGCUAGUUAUCGUGCUGGAGGCUUUUCAUUUUGACUAUGAAACUCUUGAAAAACAGCUUCAGAUUAUUCAAAAGGAAGCAGAUGCAGAAGUCAUGGAUGUUGAAACUGAAGUAGAGAAUGAAGCCAUGGAGAUGGAACCUAGUGAUGGAGAAGAACAAGAAACCACCAAGGACCUUUCUGAGGAUGUCAGAGAACAGAAGGAGCCCAGCCCUCUGCCUGGUCAUGCCGUUAAAGAAGAAGCUGAGGGCUCCCGGAAAGCUCUAAGACCAAUUUCCUUCCUGCCCAGGAAUAAGAAAGAGUUGAAAUUUUUGAUAAAUCAUAUUCAAGAAACAGUAAAUGGCAAUAUCUUGCCCAAAUUGCACAAAUGCUUCAUUGCAAAGGUCAAAAGAGAUGAAGAGCACAAGCUUGUGAAAUCCAAGGUUGUGAAUGAUGAAGAGGUAGUUCGGGUGCCACUAGCUUUUGCAAUGGUCAAACUGAUGCAAUCUCUUCCGCAAGAUGUCAUGGAAGAGAAUUUGCCAAGUAUCCUCCUGAAAGUCUGCUCUCUUCUGAGGAACAGAGCACAGGAAAUCCGGGAUAUUGCACGCAACACUCUGAUGAAAAUAAUUGAGGCUUUGGGGGCACAGUAUCUGCAAUACAUUCUAAAAGAGAUGCAUUCAACCCUUGUACAUGGUUACCAGGUCCAUGUGCUGACUUUCACUGUCCACCUCUUGCUGAAGAGCCUUGCCAGUAAUCGACUUAAAGUUGGUGACUUGGAUCCCUGCAUAGAACUUCUAAUAGAAAUUUUCAAUCAUGAACUGUUUGGGGAAGUUGCCGAGGAGAAGGAAGUGAAAGGCAUAGUUUCCAAAGUCAUGGAGGCGCGCAGAAGCAAGAGUUAUGAUUCUUAUGAAAUCCUUGCCAAGUAUAUAGGGAAGGACCAAGUGGCUAAGCUUAUUCUUCCAUUAAAAGAGAUUUUAGAGAAUACUACAAGCCUAAAGAUGUCUCGGAAGGUGCAUGAAACGUUACGCCGCAUUGUGUCUGGACUGAUAUUGAACACAGCAAUGACUGCAGAAACCAUCCUUCUGCUCAGCCAUGGGUUGAUUAGUGAAAAUCUACCAUUGUUAACAGAGAAAGCAAGAACUAAGGCUCCAGCUCCUCUAGAUCCUCGUUUGCAACCAGAGAGCUGCCUCUUGCUUCCACCAACUCCAGUUCGAGGAGGGCAAAAAGCACCUGUGAGCAGCAAGACUAAUAUGCACAUCUUGGUUGAAUCAGGGCUACGGCUGCUGCACAUGAGUCUGAAGAGGUCUAAAAUAAAUUCUUCAGAUGAUCACAUUUUGGAAAUGUUGGAUCCUUUUGUACAGCUGCUUAUCAACUGCCUUCAGUCUACAGAUGUUAAGGUGAUCACUGGUGCUCUUCAGUCUCUUCUGUGGGUUUUAAAAUUUCCGCUACCUGCAGUAGAUAAGAAUAUAGAACAGCUAGUCAAGCAACUUUUCCUUCUGCUGAAAGACUUUGCGAAGCCAGGAGCAGCUAAAGGCCAGAAUUUUCACUUGGUCAUGAAUUGUUUUAAAUGUGUAACUCUGCUGGUGAGGAAUACAAAGAGUCACAUAACAGAGAAAGAGCUACAAGUGUUGCUUGGAUAUGCUGAAGAAGAUAUCUAUGAUUCAUUACGACAAGCCACUGCCUUUGGCCUCUUGAAGGCAAUUGUAUCCAGAAAACAUGUAGUUCCAGAAAUGGAUGGUGUCAUGCAGAAGGUUGCAGACUUUGCCAUCACAGGGCAAAAUGAGCAAGUUCGAAUCCAGUGCAGACAGAUUUAUCUGAAAUAUAUUCUUGAUUAUCCGCUUGGUAAAAAUUUGAAAGCCAACCUUGAGUACAUCUUUGCUCAGCUCAAUUACGAAUAUGAGACGGGAAGAGAGUCUGCUUUGGAAAUGAUUGCUUAUCUCUUUGAAAAGUUCCCUCAGGGUUUAUUGCAUGAGUUUUGUGGGCUAUUCUUUGUUCCACUAUGUAUGAUGAUAGUAAAUGAUGACUCUGCAAAGUGCAAAAAGAUGUCAGCCCUGGCAGUCAAAUGUCUUCUCAGUAAGAUUAACCCUGCAAACCGAGACCUGAUGUUUUCACUGGUUACCUCGUGGUUCAAGAGUGAAAAGAGUGUGCACAAGAGGUUAGCUGCUCAUGCCUGUGGAGCAUUUGUUGAAGCUGAAGGAAUCGGAUUUGAAAAAAGACUUGGAACAAUUCUUCCAGUUAUUGAGAGAGAAAUGCAUCCUUCAAAUUUUGAAGAUGUCACAGAUGAGACUGAAGAAAAGGCUGCAGACAGACUGCUGUUCAGUUUCCUUACCUUGAUUAAUAAACUAAUCAAGGAGUGCAACAUUAUUGAACUUCAUAAACACAAUGAGAUUUUGACCAACAUUUGGGGUCAUAUCCAGUCCCAUUUAUGGUACCCUCACAGUUGGGUGUGGUUGACUUCUGCUCAGAUUUUUGGCUUGCUGUUUGCUGCUCACAAGCCAGAAGAACUUGUUAAUAAAUGGAAUAAAAGAAAGCUGGAAAAGAGUCGAGAAACUUCUACAGAGCCAUCAGCAACUACCUUCUUAACAGAAGAACUAGGCAAAAAGAUGAAAACACUUGCUUUAGCAUUCAGCCAUCAGCUAAAGUCCAAAUUUCUAGAUCCAUCCCUUGGAGAACAGGUUGUGAAGAAUUUACUGUUUGUAGCCAAAGUACUGUACCUUCUGGCUCCUCCACCAGAAAUUGGCAAAGAGAUCAGUGAGGAAGUGGGCCAGGAAACUGAGGAUCACAAUGACUUGGGAGAGGAAGAUGAACAUGAGACUUUAAUUAUGGGGGUGAAUGAAGCCAAAGAGAAAAACAGCCCAGCCACACUGUUGCAGCUGAUGAAAAGACUGUUGGCAUUGGCGACACGAGAAGCUGCAUAUUCACCCAAAGACCCUUUAAAGAGAACCUGCAUCUUUAAAUUCCUUGGUGCUAUUGCAAUAGAUCUUGGGAAAGACAGGGUGAAAGCAUACCUUCCAACAAUCAUAGCCCCCCUUUAUAGAGAACUCGGCAGCACCUAUGCUGAACAAGAUCCAACUCUGAAGAAUCUUUCCCAGGAAAUCAUAGAGCUUCUGAAGAAAUUGGUUGGGCUGGAAACAUUUUCAGUUGCAUUUGCUUCAGUGCAAAAACAAGCCGGUCAGAAGAGAGCUACCCGGAAGAAGCAGAGAGCCUUGCAGGUGGUUGCUAAUCCUGACAUUGCUGCCAAGAAGAAGCUGAAGAGACACAAGAAUAAAAUUGAAGCAAAGAAGAGAAAAAUAGAAUUUCUGCGGCCUGGAUACAAAGCCAAAAGACCAAGAAGCUGUGCAUUAAAAGACUUGGCAAUGGUGGAGUGAAACAUUAGCGUAUGACUCAGUUAUAAAUGUGUAUUCCAUUCACGGCUGCCAUCUUGCAGAGAGUAUGAAGCAAAAAACCUCUGAGUACUUGGCAAAAUAAGAACAGUAUCAGCAAACCCUCUUACAUGCCACACUAGAGGAUAUAACAUAACAAAGUAGUACCUCCCAAGAGAGUUACAAUCACUGCAUGGUCUGUUAAGGGUCAGAAUUGUUGCAGGAGAGACAGAUGUCUUGCAAUGACAAAAUAUGCAUUCUUAUGGAUUACUAUGUAUUUAUUUGUAUUUUUAAUCUGUAGCGCUCCUGAUUAACCCUAUGAUGCCGUAGAGUUUUCCCCAUAAUGUGUCUAUAUAAUUUCAUUCAGAGGCUACUUAUAAUUAAGGCUGAGCCUUGCUGGACUCUGUGGCUUGGUUCACUGUAGAGAGAUGUACAGACAGUGGUAAUACAAUGCAUUUUUCUAAUGAAAUGUGUUUAAAGUACUUUAAAAUAAUACUGUACAGUGUGUGACUUGAACACUUAUUCAGAGGCAGGCCUCCCUAUGGAGGUGCAAGUGCUUUUCUAACUCUACCUAGUGUAGUAGUAUUCUUUCUAUCCCACCCCACUACUAUGCUAUGUCCUUCAACCCCUUAUAUUAAUUACAAGGGAUAGAGUAGAAACAUACAUGUCCCUAAAAGUAAAUUUAUUUUGCUUCUAGUUACCUAGAAGUAGUUAUUCUAGUUCUAUCUAUGGCUUUCAGCUCACAGUCUAAGAGCCUCUAGAUGUAAACUGAACCACUGGCUUAAGGGCUUUGCGCAUUGGCCUAACGCAAAGGAUUUCGGGACAUUUGACUUCACUUAAAUCACAGCUUAGUCUAUACAACCUUCAGUACAUUGAAUAAGCAUAUUCCAAUACCUGGAAGAUCCUCUCACACUUCUUUUUCCUACUUAACUCUGAACCUGCCUUCUCCUGGUAGAAGCUCCAUUUCUAUGCAGGUAUGGGUUCAGCACUUCAACCCUUCCCUUACUUCACAGGAAAGGCUAUGAGCAAAAUACUUUAAUGGCCAAGCUUCCACCAACGGUUACAGGGAAAUAAGUGGUUGUUUAAUCAAUGCUAAAAAGAGUUCUCACUAGUCUGGGUAUCAAGGCUUCACCCUGUAACAGUCCAAAUCAUGCAGAUAAUGCCACUCAUAACAACCAAACUACUGAUUACUUUAAAAAAUGUAAACGUACUGCCUUCAAGUUGAUUCCAACUUAUGGCAACCCUAUGAAUAGGGUUUUCCUGAGGCUGAGAGGCAGUGACUGGCCCAAGGUCACCCAGCAAGCUUCAUGGCUAUGUGGGGAUUCGAACCCUGGUCUCCCAGGUCGUAGUCCAACACCUUAACCACUACACCACACCGGCUCUCCACUGAUUACUUUAAGCUCUAAUUUCAAAAAGGAACACAUUAAAGGUGACUGGCAUGAAACACAAAAAUCUAGAUAAAUGAUAGUUAAAUAUAUUUAUUAGUGUUAAAUAGUUUCAAACACUUAGAAUUCCAAGUAACAAAGAUGUAUUCCAAUUUUUCUCAUGGUCUACUUCAGUUAUGACUGUAAUAAAAAUUGAUGUCACAUACAUAACUUACACAAGAUAAAAGAAUGGAAUAUUUUAAACAUAGUAUACGAACAUUCCGUUGAUUCAAUGUGAUUUACAAUGCAAUGAAACCCCAUUCCUUUCAAAAGGUAAUAUUCAGUCAGUCCUAUUUACAGAAUUGCAUUAAUUCAUAUGACAACUAAAGGAAAACUUUUGAGUCCAUUUCACUGUCUGCUCUUCAAGGUCUCCACCAACCUACAAAGACAAAUUCAGCUUUGUGAUUUAAAAAGUUACAUGUACAUAUGUAAUUUUAAAAGAAAUAAUGAAGCCUUGUUUGGUACCACCAACUGUUUUGUAGUCCAGCAGGACUCUACACUAUAUAUACACAGCCUAACAGCAGUAGCACUUACCACUCCAUUGCCUCAUCAAGUCCAGUGCCUUUGGUUGCAGAUGUUUUGAAUAUCUGCCAUUUUCGAUCCUUGAGAGCUGGAAGUCCAAGUGCAUUUGCCAUUUCUGUUGGAGUCAUAGCCUGUUCCAUAUCUUGCUUGUUUGCAAAGACCACUAAAAUGGCUUUCUUUAGUUCUUCUUCCUAAAAGAGACAGAUUAGCCCACAAAAAUUAAUACGUAUCACAAAGCCUCAUCUCAAGUCAUGCACAAUACCUAAUGUUCAGCAGCUGAUUAAAAAACUGAUUUUCAGUUGAGUUUACUUCUAGAAAUUUUUAAACUAAAGUGUUGGAAAGCAGUACAUGAGAUAUCACAUACAGCCAUUAGUGGGAGCACUGAUGUUUAGUUGCUGAAGGGCCAGAUUAUCAUCAUAAGCAUACAUCUAAAUGACUACUAUGUGCAAUUGUAUGAACAGUUCAAUCUUCCAUUGUAGUUAGCAUAUAUCUCCUUGUAAAAAGACCAGAAGCUACAGAGGCAUUUAUUGGAUCCUCACACUUUUAAAACGUGUAGGAGUGAUAAAUCUAAUGAAGUCCAGUGCUAUAUAAUAAGCUCUUGCAGCACUCAAAAUCCUUUUCCAAUGCUUUCUUUAGCCUGUCCUGCUAAAAAUCAGGCAAAAUCCCAGUUAUCAUCCCUCUCCGUACACUCUCUGCUCACCUGAUUCAAGCACAGAAAUCCAACACUUUUUAUUUGCGUAUGACUCUGGGUGUCUAUUUAAGCAGUAUGUGUGAAGGUCUAAACCUCCCAGAGCUACCCACAUAAAGCCCUUUUUAAGUGCAGGACUGAUGUGAUGCUGCUGUCACUAAUUUAAAAAAUAGGCAGAAACAGCAAUACAAGUCUAAAACACGAUCUCAGGUUGAUAGUAAAACAAUUAUGAAAUGGAUCUACCGUGCAAAAUUCAUGGAUAAUAUCUAGAACUAUCACUUUUUAAACCUCAGGUUUCCUACCUCCAACAUGGCAACAAGCUCAGACUUUGAAAUUCCAAUUCUGUCUCUGUCACAGCUGUCUACUACAUAGAUGACUGCAUCUGUAUUGGAAUAAUAACAUCGCCAAUAUGGCCUGGAAAAUAAACAUUGUAUUGUUUAAACAAUAAAUAUUGUUUAUUCAAGUGAAACAAUCACAGCUUCAUACUACUAUUGCGGAAGCCUAAAAAGCCAACCUUUUCAGGCAGAACCAUAAAGUAAUUCUUUAGAGAUCACAACUCUAUAAAGGGAUUUAUCUCAGGAGCUGCUGAGAGUUAUUACAGCUAGAGUCCACAUAUGAUUUCUCCUUUCCAUUUCCUUUUUAGCAGCUAAUU